AUGCGCGCCUGUAACAGCAGCUGUGGGUCCCAUGCUUGUUGUUUGGAAUCUGACUUCAGCUCAGCGUCACUGUCAGUCCUAAAAAUAACCGAAAGACAGGCAGCCUGUCCCAAUGACUUGGCAGAGGCUUUUCGCCAUGCUGCCCACUCCAUGUUGAUCUAACCAGCCGCUCAGCUGCAAACAGCCAAACAGCUUUUUUACUGGAAGGAUGAGCCAUUGUUUCCAUGCGCUGCUCCUGUGGUAAGCUUUAAACUCGAGUUUUCCCUGCUGAAGGACGAUUUGACCUUUGAACUUGACCAUGGUGCGCAAUGUGGACGACCUGGACUUCUGCCUGUCCUCCCACCCGCAGAGCAUCCUGGAGGGCCUGCGCUCCCUCUGCUCACACCCCAAACUGGUGGACGUGACACUAAGCGCCGGCGGUCGGGACUUCCCCUGUCACCGCGGCGUGCUGGCCCUCUGCAGCGCCUACUUCCGCAGCAUGUUCUCAGGGGACUUUGUGGAGAGCAUAGCUGCACGCGUGGAGCUGCAGGAUGUUGAUCCUGAUAUUCUCAGCUGCUUGCUGGACUUCGCCUACACAGGCAAGCUGACCAUCAACCAGAGCAACGUGGAGGGGCUGAUCUGCACCUCCAGCCAGCUGCAGUUCCAGACGGUGAGAGCCGUGUGCAGCCGAUACCUUCAGCACCAGAUCGAUGCUACAAACUGCCUGGGAAUCCUGGAGUUUGGGGCGAUUCACGGCUGCCCGGAGGUGAUGGCCAAAGCGUGGGCGUUCCUCUUGGAGAACUUUGAGGCCGUGCAACAAGGUGAGGAGUUUCUGCUGCUGGGGAAGGAGAGGCUGGUUGCCUGUCUGUCCGAUGAAGGACUGCACAUCCGGACAGAGUGCACCCGUGUGAAGGCCAUCCUGAACUGGGUGAGGCACCACAAGGAGUCCCGACUCUGCCACCUCCCCGAACUCCUCGCCUUGUCCCGUCUCCAUCUUCUCAGCCUGGACUACCUGGCGGACACCCUGCUGAAGGACAGUCUGGUGCAGGCGUCUCCCAGCUGCAGAGAAACCGUGGAAAAAAUUCACAAAGAGAAAGUGGAUUUGGCGCCAGAAUACACGGACACACUCAACUCUCAGAGUCCACAGCCGAACCUGCAAGAGGUGCUGCUGGUGAUGGGCGGCCGAGCGCUCGACGACUCAGACGAUGAAGACUCAGAUGAAGAAGACAGAGACCCACGACUGCAAAGACUGCUGACCAGGAACUUUGCCUUCUACAACACAAAGACAAAACAGUGGCAUGAGCUCCCUAAUUUCCCCAACCCCAACAAGUGGGGUUACGCCAUGGUCUCCUUAAACAAUGAUGUGUACGUCACAGGGGGUUCACGAGGAUCGAAUACCAACACCUGGUCGACCACAGAGACCUGGAAGUACAUCACAAGAGAGGGGAGGUGGGUUACCGUGGCACCCAUGCUCCGGCCUCGCACUAACCACACAUCGGCAACGCUCAACGGGGAGAUUUACGUCAUUGGAGGUACAACGUCCGAUCGUGUUGAAGUUGAGCAUUACGAUCCUUACAGCGACACCUGGGCGCUCACAUGCCCCGCCUUAAAAUACGUGACUAACUUCACGGCCACGGCGUGUCACGGGAAGCUCUAUGUGAUUGGCUCGUGUGCCGUGAAGUACAACGCUUUGGCCAUGCAGUGUUACAACCCUGUGAUAGAUAGCUGGAUCAGCAUAUGUUCGCCCUUCAUCCCUAAGUAUUUGUCCUCUCCUCGCUCCGUCUGUGUAGACGGCAUUAUAUAUCUGGUUGCCGACAACACUAAGAAAGUCUACUCUUAUGAUCCAGAGGCAAACAUGUGGCAGAAGGUGCAGCUUCUGCACAUGCUCCAUGAGAACGGCGGUCUGGUGGCGGUGGAUGGGAAGCUGUUUGUCACCGGAGGCCAUUGGAAAGGUAUGGAGGGGGACUACGGGGUGGAAGUGGAGGUCUACAACCGAGCAUCCAACACCUGGGAGGUGGAGUGCUACCUGCCGAAACUUUGGUUCUACACCGGAGUCUGCACCAUCUUUCUAGAUCCGUCCCAGUGGCCUGAGGUGUUCCCCGUAGAGUCCGAAUAACGGCCUGCUGGUCUGCUGGGACUAAACUCAGGGUCAGAGAGUCGACACAGACGUGUUACCAUCAUAGACACUGUGUUACAACGCAAGUGGCAUGUUUAUUCCAGGAUGUCAUUGUGCCCGAGAAUAGUGAGUAACUUGAUCCUCAGGUAUUUGUGGAUGUUUUUAGGGCCUUGCUUGGCUGCUCAGCAGGUGUAUAUUUAUACUUCAUAUCAUGUGUUUGAGAUCUGAAUUCCUUUGUGUAUUAUUGAAUGGUGCUUGUGAAUCAUUAAAUGUUUGUAGAGUGGGUGUUAUUGUUAUUAUUGGUUGUAUAUCAGCAGUUUGGAGUGCUCAUAUUGUUAGGGUUAUCACUAUUAUGUAGCCACAUUUGUGUCCCCAUAACUUCUUCAAAAUGUGUCAGAUAUUUAUAACAAAUGACCACCCACAGAUUGUGAGUUAGCUUGUUAAAAUGUGAUAAGUAAUGUAACUAUUUUAACGCCUUCAUCCAAGUAAUGUUACUUAUUACAUUUGAUUACUUUGUGUUAACUUUUCUAACAAAUGUUUUGAACUGCUGGAAAAUGAAAUGAAAUAGGCCAUGCCAAAAAAAAAAAAAACAGCAUCCCUCUAUGAUGAAAAGACGCAAAGCAACUGAAUGAAUGUUAUAUUCUACAUAAACAUUUUAUGGUGUGAAGAAUGUAUUUUGGAUGUAAUCCCUUUGUAAACACCAACAUUUUAUUGUUUUUUCUCCUUAAAAACUGUAACUGGUUACAAUUACAUUUACAACACAGAA